UGGAGUACAAAAAAAACACGGAGUUCAGAGUCGUUCCUAAAUAUAAGCCUAUGAAUUAGGAGUUUGAUUUUUUUUAAAUUUUGCUUUAAUAACAAUAUUUACUACUUGAAUAUUGUUAUAAAGAAGAAAUACAUAUGUUAAAUACGUGACGCGACGUUAAAAUUCCACAUUUCUUACUUAUGGGGACUUUUCUAAACACGAACUCCGGGAAAAAUCUGUCGGUCCAGUUGGUGAGACUACGCAUGGUUAGCGCCUUGUGUUUUCUGGUUAUUCUUUAAUGGUAGGAACAGUUUAUGUAAUUUUACUCAUUUCGAUGCUUUUACUGACGCCAUGUUGAAGUCUAAAACAUUUUUAAAGAAGAACCGCGCGGGUGGGGUGGUGAAAAUAGUCCGUGAACACUAUUUAAGAGAUGAUAUUUGGUGCGGAAGUGAGGUUUGUUCUACGUGCAAGCAAGACUCUACGGCGCUGCAGAGAGACGCCUGCAUUGAAAGCAACUUGUGCCCGUAUGCACAUUACUUGAUUCCUGACACAAAUGUGGUGUUGCAUCAGAUCGAUGUGCUGGAGGACCCCCUUAUUCGUAAUGUAAUUAUCCUGCAAACUGUACAACGAGAGGUGCGUCACCGAAGUGCACCAGUGUACAAACGUUUGAAAGACAUGAUUCACGAGAACGAGAAACACUUCUACACUUUCACCAAUGAACACCAUAGCAAAACAUUCAUAGAGCGUGAGCCAGGGGAGAGCGCUAAUGAUUAUAAUGACCGUGCCAUCCGUGUGGCAGCCAAAUGGUACAGCCAACACCUGACACCGGAGGCUGAAGCAGACGGUCUUAAAGUGGUCCUCCUCACCAAUGACCAAGGGAACAAGGAAAAAGCACAAGAAAGUGGCCUGCUGGUGUACAAAUGUGAAGAAUACAUCAAGAGUCUGAUUGCCAAUCCUGAGCUGAUGGAUCGCCUGGCACUGACCAGUGAUGAGAAGAAUGAGAUCAGUGGCAGCAAAGUCCUGUUCCCUGAGCAUCUCCCUCUGUCCAGGAUCCAGGCGGGUAUAAAGAGUGGCACCUUCCUCCAGGGUACCUUCAGGGCCAGCAGGGACAACUACCUGGAGGCUACAGUUUUUGUCCAGAGAGAGGGGGAAGACAGCACUGAGAUUUUGCUGCAGGGCCUCCAGAACCUUAACAGGGCGGUGCACCAAGAUGUUGUUGCUGUGCAGCUUUUGCCACGAGAUCAGUGGGUGGCACCCUCCUCAGUGGUGCUGCAGGAUGAUGGUGGAGCAAAUGACGAAGGUGUCACUGAGGAAGGGAAGGAAGAGAAUGCGCUUAAGAGCAUAGCAGCUGAUGCAGCCAAAAAGCCUACAGGCAAAGUGGUGGGGCUCAUCAAGAGGAAUAGGAGGCCUUUCUGUGGCAUGCUCAAUGUCUCCCACAUCAAAGAGUCCACACGGCACCUUUUCACCCCAGCAGACCGCCGUAUCCCCCGAAUUCGCAUUGAAACACGUCAGGCUUCUACACUGGCUGGCCAAAGGAUUAUGGUAGCAAUUGAUGGCUGGCCUAAACAUUCUAGAUAUCCAAAUGGUCAUUUUGUACGCAGUCUCGGUAGUGCAGGGGACAAGGAGACGGAGACAGAGGUGCUGCUACUUGAACAUGACGUCCCCCACCAGGACUUUUCCCAAGCCGUGCUUAGUUUCCUGCCCAAGAUGCCCUGGACCAUCACACCAGAGGACAUGGCAGUGAGAGCGGAUCUAAGGCAUCUUACUGUGUGCAGUGUCGAUCCUCCAGGAUGUACCGACAUAGAUGAUGCCCUGCACUGCAGAGAGCUGGACAAUGGAAACCUGGAGGUUGGUGUACACAUUGCUGACGUCAGUCACUUCAUAAGACCUGGUAAUGCUCUGGAUAAAGAGGCUGCCAACCGUGGUACCACUGUCUAUUUGUGUGGCAGGAGGAUAGACAUGGUUCCUGAACUGCUCAGCUCCAACCUUUGUUCAUUGCGGUGUAAUGUGGAGAGGCUGGCUUUCUCAUGUAUCUGGGAGAUGAACCACAAGGCUGAGAUUCUAAAGACCAGAUUCACUAAAAGUGUAAUCAACUCCAAGGCAUCUUUAACCUACGCCGAGGCCCAGAUGAGAAUCGAUGACACUACAAUGAAUGAUGACAUAACCAAGAGCCUGCGAGGCCUCAACAAGCUAGCCAAGAUCCUCAAGAAGCAGAGGAUAGAGAAAGGUGCAUUGACGCUGUCAUCCUUGGAGGUCCGUUUCCACAUAGACAGUGAAACCCAUGACCCAAUUGACCUCCAGACCAAAGAGCUCAUGGAGACCAAUUCCAUGGUGGAGGAGUUUAUGUUGUUGGCCAACAUUUCAGUUGCCCAGAAGAUCUUUGACGAAUUCUCUGAAUGUGCCUUGCUCAGGAAGCACCCUUCACCUCCUCCAUCCAACUACGACAUCCUCAAUAAGGCUGCCAUGUCCAAGGGCCUGGUGAUCCACACAGACUCAGCCAAGGCUCUGGCAGACUCCCUUGAUGGGGCCGAAGUGAAAAACUUCCCUUACUUCAAUACGCUACUGCGUAUCCUGGCAACACGCUGCAUGAUGCAGGCUGUCUAUUUCUGCUCUGGCAUGGACAGUGACUUCCACCACUAUGGCUUGGCCUCACCCAUAUACACACACUUUACAUCACCUAUUAGGAGGUACUCGGACAUCAUCGUUCAUCGUCUGCUGGCCGUGGCCAUAGGAGCAGACAGCACAUACCCAGACCUGCUCGACAAACACAAGCAGUCUGCACUCUGUAACAACCUAAACUACAGACACAAGAUGUCUCAGUACGCACAGAGAGCAUCUGUGGCCUUCCACACACAGUUGUUCUUCAAGAAUCGAGGCAUCCUCAACGAAGAGGGUUUCAUUCUCUUUGUGCGGAAGAACGCCAUCAUCGUCCUCAUCCCAAAGUUUGGCCUUGAGGGAACGGUCUUCUUUGACAGCAAAGACAAGACUACUUGUCCAAGUCUCAUUUUUGAUGAUGAGGGCCCCACACUGAAAGUAGAGCAGCACACCUUCCACAUGUUUGACAAGGUGAUAGUGACCAUCAGUCUAGAUGAAUCCAACAUUCAGCACCAGAAGAUCCGCAUGGCUCUGGUUAAACCAGUGAUCCAUGGUGUGAGUGUUCCAGCCCCAGAGGAGGGCCCAAAGAGCAAGAAACCCAAAUUGGAUAGCUGACACAGAACUUAGCACAGAAUCUAUCGCCACAAGAGUCAUCACCCAAAUGAGGAAAUCCUCAGGUUUUUAAGUCUUUGAGAAUGGCAGAUGGAGUAGUACAUUUCUUUAAAGCAAUUGUUUUGAUGUAUUAAUGUUUUAUCUCUUAAACCACAGUGAAUCUGCACUGUCCAUGCUCUUACACAUGGUUCAGAGACAAAUACAUGCCCCCUCAAAAGGGUUUACGUCAAGGUAUUGUAUGCAGAAUUUCUAUCUAAAAGGCAGUUUAUCUGCUCAUUGAUGUAAACUUUUACCAGUGCAUCCCAUUAAUUGUGAUACUCCGCAUUUCCAAUGUAGACUCUCAAAUAACACAAUGCUCAACAUGACUAUUAAAGCAUAGU